AUGAGAUGGCAAUCAAGAAAGCAUUUGGAAUGGGAUGGACAUAAAUACGUAGGCUUUACAGAUAUUGGGAAUGGUAUAGAUGAUGGCGACGACUCUUCACCAUUGGCAAGUGAAGCCUUCGUAUUUAUGGCUGUAUCACUAAACAGCAACUGGAAAGUACCUUUAGGAUACUUCCUAAUUGAUGGUCUGUCAGCAUCAGAAAGAGCAAAUCUUGUGAAAACAUGCCUGUUGAAGUUGAGUGAGGUUGGAGUAAAAACAGUGUCACCGACAUGUGAUGGUCCAAGCUGCAACCAAUCUAUGAUAAAGUUGCUUGGUGCUAAGCUAGAUGUUGAUGACUUGGAUCCAUCUUUUGUACACCCAGCUGAUUCAAACCAAAAGAUCCAUGUUGUUCUUGAUGUAUGCCACAUGCUGAAACUGGUACGUAACACCCUGGCAACACAAAAAAAUAUUACUGAUGGAAAUGGUGGCAAUAUUCGGUGGGAACUGAUUGAAGAACUGCACAAGAUCCAGGAUGAGGAAGGGCUACGACUUGGAAAUAAGCUCAGAGGGGCACAUAUUCAGUAAGCAAAGCAGAAAAUGAAGGUUUAUAACUUGGCAGCCCAAACAAUCAGUGCAAGUGUGGCAGAUGCUACAGAAUUUUGUGAUCUGGCCUUAGAGAUUCCUACCUUUUAUGAUUCUGCACCAACUGUCAAGUUUAUCAGAAUAUUUGACUAUCUGUUUGACAUUUUUAACUCUAGAAAUCCCUAUGGAAAGCAUUACAAAAGCCCACUACGAGAGUCAAACAAGCAAGCAUGGCAACCAUUCCUAACAGAAGCAAUGCAAUACAUUAGUACUCUCACCGACUCCUGUGGUACACCAAUGGUGAAGACAAAGCGAAAAACUCCCUUCCUAGGUUUUCUUGUUGCUAUCAAGAGUAUCGAAUGUCUGUUCAACGAGUUAGUCAGAAACACAAAUUAAUGUUUCUAUAUGACAUACCUGUUAACAUAUAAACUAAGUCAAGAUCACUUCGAGUUAUUCUUUGCAGCAAUACGCUCGUUAGGAGGUUGGAACAAUUAUCCGACAGCAACACAAUUCAUGGCUGCCUACAAACGCCUGCUCCUACGUCACGAAGUCAAUGCAUCAGGAAAUUGUACAGCAUUAGAUGCUACAAACAUUCUACAUGCUGUAAAAGAUACCACAACCAUCAACCAUGUUAAUGCUGAUAUUGAUGUUUCUGACAUAACAACCAUCCGAAGAUAUGACCUAAAUGUACGCCUAGAACCACAACAAACAGAUCAUGAUUAUGUGGAUGCUCCAAAUUUUAACUAUUUAAGUUCUUACAAAGAAGCAGCUGUUGGUUACAUUGCAGGUUAUGUGGUUAGAAUGGUAAAACGGUCAGUAACUUGCGAAUCUUGCAUUGAUGCUCUCGUGGAGAAAGAUCCAAACAACACUAAGUUUAACUCAUUGGUGAGACAGAAAAACCAUGGAGGACUAAUUGAAGCUUCUGCAAGUGUUUACCAAAUUUGCCAAAGCACAGAGCAAUGUGUGGUAAGAAUGCUUCAUUCAACAAGGGGAAACUUACUCACAUCAUCAAAGAUUGUCUCAGCAAUUUCAUCAGUGGUCUUGGAAGAAGCUGUCAAGAAAAAUGCAUUUUCAUCUCUCCAUGAUCACAUGUUUGACAACUCUCCUGACAACAACCAUCUCUUCAGGCUGAUAAAAUGCAUCGCCAAAUGCUUCUUAAAUAUAAGAAUGCACCAUGCACCUAGCAAAGGAAACAACUCCAAAGGUUAG